UAACAUUUGGUACUCUAGACUUAUGACGCGGUGACACAAAGGGCGCGAGGGGUUGGUUUACGAAUCUUCUGGAAGUGUUGCGGAGCGUUAAAACUCGUAGUUUAAAGAAAAAGAAAAAUCAAAACUUAAAAUUAGAAUUGAAACGAACCGAACCUUGUAGAAGCUGUGGAAUUGGAAACAAUGGCGAACACUGUGCGACGAAGCCUCCUGAUCAACGGAGCUGGAGUUCAUCGAUCAUGGAAGAGAUGGUUCUCCUCCGAUGCCUUAGUCGAUUUGAAGCCCGGUGAGGUCGCUGUGAUUUCUGGAAUCCCUGAAGAACAUCUUCGAAGAAGGGUUAUAAUUUACUCACCUGCCCGUACAGCUACCCAACAAGGUUCUGGAAAAGUUGGGAAAUGGAAAAUUAAUUUUCUGUCUACGCACAAGUGGGAAAAUCCGUUGAUGGGUUGGACCUCCACCGGCGAUCCAUAUGCCAAUGUGGGAGAAGCGGGUCUAACUUUUGACACUGAAGAAGCUGCCAAGGCCUUUGCUGAGAAAUAUGGUUGGCAGUACGAGGUCAAAAAGCGUCAUACCCCACUUUUAAAGCCUAAAUCAUAUGCAGACAACUUCAAAUGGAAGGGGCCACCGCCGCAGGGUGUAGAGUAAUGUAUUUUCGUGGUGUGAAAUGUAUCAAAUAUCAUGUUACUGUCCUAUAAUUAACAAGUCAUGUUACAAUGGCUUUAGUAAAUAAUCGUGCAUGAACAGAACAUAAUAAUUUAUAAUACUAGACUAGAUUUCAAACUUACAUUCUUUUGAUAAUAAAAAAACAGCUAAUAAAACUAUA